GCAGAGCACAUUCAGAAAACUGAUCAUUGACCGAUUCCAAUGGAAAGUCUAACAAAGACCACCACUUCUGUCCAAUACCUCAACCAAACAUUGUUGAUUUUUCCGCACCUCUGCUGCUAAACAAUAAUGAAUUAAAUAUGAUUUUUGAGGCUUGAUAUCGGCACAAAAUAUUUUGAAGCAAACACCAGACUAAAGAGAGAAGGUUCCUUUGCCCCCAAAAAGAUCUAGCAAUGAAGUUUAAGAAACAACAAUCAGGGGAAGGUGCGCCAAGCAUCCAAGUGAAUAUCACCGAGACUGCAGAUAGAGGCAGAAGCAAUCUGUUCCACUGGGGCUCGACAUUUUUUGAGCCUCAGAAAUCGCCUAACAAUCCAACCCCAACCGGACGAAAUGGAGGUGAAGGCAGCACGAUUCGGGCUCCCGAAAAGAAGCUGACUCUCUUUGCCCUCCGCCUCGCCAUCUUGGAAAAAGCUGCAAGUGGCCUAGGAACACUAGCAUUCAUCUGGGCCACUGUCGUUCUUCUCGGUGGCUUCGCGGUGCUGCUGGAGACCAUUGAUUUCUGGUUUGUGACAGUUAUCCUACUCAUCGAAGGCACCAGAAUCUUCAGCCGGAGCCAUGAACUCGAAUGGCAGCACCAGGCAACAUGGACCCUAGGGGAUGCUGGAUGGAACAGCUUCCAGGCAAUCAAGUCCAGCUCCCGCUUCAUCUUUCAGAAGAUCAAAGCCAUCUUUCAGCUGCCUUCUAUCACCAAAACAGAUGGCGACCGUAGUCGGACGAUCACACAGAGCAACCAGACAAUCAGAGAGGUCCAUAACCAAGUGGUGCAACAUAUGCUUAAGCGGACCUGGUACAUUCCCAAUGUUCCAUUGAUUCCCCAUGCUGGCUGGAUCUUUCUAUUGAAAAAUGUCAGCAUGAUUCUUAUAUGGCUUCAGAUUCUAUCAGCUACCGCCUGUGUGACGCUCUCCUCGAUGCGCCUCAUCAAGCAGCACUAUGGUGGAGUAGGACAAGAUGAUCAAAAAAGAAACAGGAAGCCAGCACUGGACAUAUUCUAUGGACUAGCACUGGCUGAAGCCUUGAUGUUCCUGCUGGAGAAGGCAUACUGGAAUUGGAAGAUCUCCUAUGGCGAGUUGCUGGAACAUGUGAGCCUGGAGUGUGAAUUAGGACCAUCUGGGAUUAUAUCAAUCAAAAGAUUCUUCUAUGAUGCAUACUCCAAAUGCAUCAAUGGAAGCAUCUUCGAUGGCCUAAAGACAGACCUUGUGACCUACUCUCAAGAGCUCUUGGACUCUGAUUUUCCAGAUGAGCAACUCAUCGGAGCUCGAAUCCUGCAGAAGCUUGUAAAAAGCAACCAGUUUGCCUCUGAGACACUACGGAAGAUCGGGACUUCGACGUCGGUCAUUGAGAGACUGGUCGAUAUGUUAAAUUGGAAGAACCCAACUGAAGAAGAGAUCAGGGGGUGUGCAGCAGAAAUUGUGUCGAAGCUUGCCGGGAGGAAGCAAAAUGCACUUCGAGUUGCUGGAAUUCCAGGGGCGAUGGAGUCCAUAUCAUCAUUGCUGUGCACGGGCAGAAGCUCCAAUGCAAAAUCCCAUGACGUCCAUCAGAAUCCGGUCAUCGCCGACCAACCAGACUAUGACUUUGCAGGAUUUAAUCUUCUGGGUCUGCUGAUACUGAAGAAGCUCGCUCAUGAUCAUGAAAACUGUGGGAAGAUUGGGAAUGCCAGAGGCCUCCUGCCAAACAUCAUAGACUUCACGAAUACUUGUCAGAGUCUGCUACGAAAUGACCAAGCACCAGAGUCCCAGAUCAAAGCAGUGAAGAGGUCUCUCCAAGUGGUCAAGAUGUUAGUAAGCACCACCGGAAACACCGGGACAAUGCUCCGGCAGGAAAUCUCAGAGAUUGUCUUCACAGUGAGCAACAUCAGGGAAAUCUUGCAGUAUGGGGAGAGUCACAUGGUGCUGCAGAAGCUGGGGAUAGAGAUUCUAGAGAGCCUGGCAAUGGAUGAGAAUGCAAGGGAGAAGAUUGGGAGCACAGGUGGGAUUAUUAAACUUCUGCUGUUCAUCUUCUUUAGGCCAGGAUUUACAGAGGAUGAGAACUCGGUGAGCAACGAGGCAGCGAAGGCGCUGGCAAUGCUGGCACUGGAGAGCAAGAAGAACUGUGAACGUAUCUUGAAGGUGCAGGAGGUGAUGGACCGUCUCAUAGGUGUGCUGAAUGAUCCAGUUCUCCGAAUCAAUGCUUCCAGGAUCCUUCGGAACUUGUGUGCAUACUCUGCGACCGAACGCUCCGAUCGCCUCAGGGGAGUCGUUGCUGCCAUGCCUACUGUAUUAAGAGCCAUAAUGCUAGAGAAAGAUAAGUUACUAGAGGUAUCAAUUGGGCUCACCACGCAGAUAUGCAAAUUUAUGAGUUCCACAGAAUUUUCCAAGGAACUAGAACGAGCUGGCAUUAAGGAGACUGAUCUCGUACAGAAACUCAUAGAGAUACUGAACAAAUACAACUAUCCAGAAAUUAAGGUUCCAAGAAUAAGAAGGUUCGUCAUUGAACUAGCAAUCUGGAUGAUGAAAUCUGACACAAAUUAUAUACGGUUAUACAAGAAUUUUGAGAUGGACAAGUUAUUGGAGAACGUAGCAGAAACCACAUCAGAGCUCGAAUGCUUCCAUGUUUUCUCUGGCAGCGUGGGACUGAGCAAGCACAGCAGAACUCUCUCCUCUGUUGUAGAUACAGCACUAGAGUUGAUGACAGAUGAUUGAAGUGAAAGGACAUGAACUGCUAUGCAAACCCAAUCAUACGUGCAGUUAAGCAAUAGAAAUGUUAGAUGUCAUUCAAUUUACGAAAUGUUGUAUAAAAUAAGGUAACUCUGUUUAUAUCACUCAAUGCAUGUGACAGAAUUAUUUGAUUCCAUAGAUUUUUUUCAGAUGCUCUCAGUCUAUUUUAUAAUGCAAUACCGGGAUCAUUAUCU